AAACGACUGUGUGUUUCCGCAAAAGCAAGCGUUUUAAAAACUUGACAAGCGCUCUUUUCAAAAGUAAAAUGAAAUGAGAAACUAUAAAAUAUGGUAGACAAAAAGUCAGCAGUCGUGCCCGGGGUGAGAGUUUAUGUCCAAGACAAACAUCACGUCUGGCGGUUGGCCACUGUGACAAAAACCAACACUAUCCUGUGCACCGUGAUUGUAACCGGUACAAACGAGGAGCGGGAGGUUAAAUGUGAUUCUGUGCUGCCUGGUUCAGAUCAAGACCUGUUGUGUGUGGAGGGCCUCACUCAGCUCACGCCCAUCAACCAGGCAUCAGUGCUGAGCUGUUUACAUGCAAGGUUUAGUGGUGUCCAGUUUUACACAGGGGCAGGCAGCACAGUGGUGGCAGUGAACCCAUUCCAGGAUGUACCGCACAUGUACACAGAGGACAGGAUACACGCUUACUGUCAGCAGGGAGAGGAUUCCCCCCAUGUGUACAGGACAGCGGGAGAGGCCUACCGUCGCGUGUCUCAGGGGCUUGGGAAGGUCGACCAGUGCAUCAUUGUCAGUGGCGAGAGUGGCUCCGGCAAGACUGUAUCAGCGAAGCAUCUUCUUAGAUAUCUGACAUCAGUGUCAAACCCUUUAUCAAGUGAUGACUCCAACAGUAGCCUUUCGAGCAUAGAGCAGCGAAUCCUUGACUCCAACCCAGUACUUGAGGCGUUUGGUAAUGCUGCUACCCAGAGAAACAACAAUAGCUCUAGAUUCGGCAAAUACAUCCAGCUGCACUUUAACAGGUGUGGCGUAAUGCAGGGUGCAGAGAUCCACACUUACCUGUUGGAGAAAACGCGGGUUGUUCAUCAGUCCCCAGGGGAGUCUAACUUCCACAUAUUCUACCAGAUCAUGAACAGCCUGGAGCGUGGUGGAGAGGGACAACAGCAAGAACCAUUGAGAGGGGUGAGGCGGGAUACAUUUCGCACCCUACCGCAUGGUGUGCCAGGCCACACCCAUCAUGACCUGGAAGACACUCUACAUGCCAUGACAGACAUGGGCCUCUCCAAGCAACUACAACAGCAUGUUAUUUCUUUGCUGGUGGCCAUUCUGUACGUAGGGAACAUUGUCAUCUCCCCCAUAGAGGAAGACCUGUGUGAACUGCUCAGUGAUAAAGUGAGUCAGGAAGCUGUGGAACACUCUGCCAGGCUGCUAGGCGUGGACCAGCCCUGUCUCACCCACGUCCUCUUGUACCGGAACAUCCAGUCUGGGGGGCCCUCCAGACGCUCUGUCUUCAUCAAGCCCAUCCCUGAGCGAGAGGCAAACAGUCGCAGGGAUUGUCUUGCCACUCUGUUAUACUCAAGGUUGUUUGAGUGGUUGGUUGGCUUCAUCAACAGACAAAUUAAGCCUGAAACUUUUGAUCACACAUUAGGAAUCCUGGACAUCUAUGGGUUUGAGGCAUUUGAACGGAACAGCCUAGAACAGCUGUGUAUCAACUAUGCUAACGAGCGGCUCCAACAGCACUAUGUCUCCAUAUUCCUCAGAGACCUUCAACUGGAUUAUGAGGGAGAGGGGAUACAGUGGCAGCCCCUGGCCUAUGUGGACAACAAACCCUGUCUACAGGCUCUGCAUGGCCCUUCCAGUGUCUUCUCAGUACUCAAUGAGGAUGUGCAGCUCAACAGACAGACAGACACACGGCUGCUGUCUGAGCGCCUUCUAUCCCUGAGUAAAUCCACUGUGUGUGUGAAAAAGCCACGCAGCCACUUGAGGGACCCGGCCUUCACUGUGGAGCACUACGCCGGAGAUGUUACAUACACCGUGGAACAGCUGUCUGCUAAAAAUAGGGACAACAUCCCACAGGAAUUGGUGUCCUUGUUAGCGAGCAGCACCAACGAGUUUGUGUCAGGGCUUUUCACAGAUUUCACAGUGGACGAAGGUUCAGGUCGGCGGAAGAAAACAGUACUGGGAAAGUUCAAGGCUGCCAUGGACAGCCUCAUGUCUUCCCUAGAUGCAUCAGACGUCCACUACAUACGGUGUAUCAAGCCAAAUAGGGAGAGCGUGGCCGGGAGGUUUGACCGCCAGUUUGUUCAUUUCCAGCUUCUGGCUGCAGGGAUCAUUGAGACAGUGAAGAUCAGCAGCCUUGGCUUCCCUGUCAGAAUGACAUACAUCAGUUUUCUUCAUCGUUAUGGCCUGAUCCUGCGCAACUCACCGGCCCCUAAGAAACCUCUUGGUUCCACACCCCUGUCUUUUGACAGCCCUGCAACCAGCAAGCAGAAUAAGGCUUCAACCGACUCGCCUUCAACACCCAGGAGAAAGUCCCGGAGGAGGGCGGGGGUGACUUUUGUGGACCACACUCGACGAUGCUGUGUGGCUGUGAUGGAGAUGCUGUUCGUAGAUGGAUGUCACAUCGGCCAGUUUGGAAACACCAAGAUCUUCAUGCAUCAACACCAGGUUGAUAGAUUAGAAAAGACAAGAUAUGACAUUCUGUUCAACAAGGCCUCUCUCAUACAGCGAGUAUGGAGACACCAUGUCAUGUCUAACAGACUUGUAGCCAUUAGAAGAAACAUGGCUGCCCGUCUGAUACAGAAAGCAUGGAGAAAAUACCUCCACAGGCACAGGAUAAAUGCAAUAAUGAUUGUACAGAAAUGCAUCAGGAUGCACUGUGCAAGACUUAAAUUCAUGAAACUAAGGAAAGAGAAAGCAAAGAAAGAUCGUAAGGUUAAGAAAGCAACAUGGAAGCCAAUAAUGGACAGGAAGCGGACAUCGCCGGGCAGCAGGCGGUCAAGGAAAAAGGGUGAACUGUCUGGAGGGUCAACUGGUCAGUCUGACAUCAGUAGUGGACUUUCAUCAGAUGAUGGCUCCCUGAUGCAGAGUUUGACCUCUGAUGGAUCAUUGGAAAAUUAUUCCGAAGAUCAGAUGGAUAUCAGAGGGAAGGAAAAUUAUAAUUCAAUGAAGUUUACGACAAGUACUCCGAGUGGUCAAUCUCAACUCUUAGAACAAAAUAUUGCACAUAUAAACAUGGAAGAAGUAAGAAAAUGCACUGGGAAGAAGCUUUUGCCAAAUGGAAGACCAAACUUCAGAAGCAGUCCAGUGAGAAAAUAUAAACUGAGAAACAGGAAUGUUAAUAAGCAAGAGAAACACAGUGUUGGUGCUGGUGGUUGUUCACCAUUGAAAAAACGAAAGACGAAUCUUGGAUCACUGGGAACAAAGGAGGCUCUAAAUGUUGGAGAUGGAAUUGUCACUCGAAGAAAACUACCCUCGGGUCCUGUCCGCUUUCACACAAGGGAAAGUGUCCUAAAGCAUGCUCACCGUGUCCACCAACGGGAAUUACCUAAAGGACUCCAGGACUGUCUAGCCACUCCUACCAAGCCAACCAGAUACAUGUGAUAUCGAUAGGAAGCCCACCAUAUUUAUCUACUGCCUCCCACCAAGCUAACUAGAUACAUGCGAUAUCGAUAGGAAGCCCACCAUAUUUAUCUACUGCCUCCCACCAAACUAACCAGCUACAUGUGAUAUCGAUAAGAAGCCCACCAUAUUUAUCUACCGCCUCCCACCAAGCAAACCAGUUACAUAUGACAUCAAUAGGAAACCCACCAUACUUAUAUACUGCCUCCCACCAAGUUAACCAGAUACAUGUGAUAUCGAUAGGAGGCCCACCAUACUUAUAUACUGCCUCCCACCAAGUUAACUAGAUACAUGUGAUAUCAAAAGGAGGCCCACCAUACUUAUAUACUGCCUCCCACCAAGUUAACCAGGUACAUGUGAUAUCGAUAGGAAGUCCACCAUACUUAUCUACUGCCUCCCACCAAGCCAACCAGAUACAUGUGAUAUCGAUAGGAGGCCCACCAUACUUAUAUACUGCCUCCCACCAAGUUAACCAGAUACAUGUGAUAUCGAUAGGAAGUCCACCAUACUUAUCUACUGCCUCCCACCAAGCCAACCAGAUACAUGUGAUAUCGAUAGGAGGCCCACCAUACUUAUAUACUGCCUCCCACCAAGUUAACCAGGUACAUGUGAUAUCGAUAGGAAGUCCACCAUACUUAUCUACUGCCUCCCACCAAGCCAACCAGAUACAUGUGAUAUCGAUAGGAGGCCCACCAUACUUAUAUACUGCCUCCCACCAAGUUAACCAGAUACAUGUGAUAUCGAUAGGAAGUCCACCAUAUUUAUCUACUGCCUCCCACCAAACUAACCAGCUACAUGUGAUAUCGAUAGGAGGCCCACCAUACUUAUCUACUGCCUCCCACCAAGCUAACUAGAUACAUGUGAUAUCGAUAGGAGGCCCACCCUGUUCUUCUUCCAACUCCCACCAAGCUUACCAGAUACAUGUGUUAUCAAUAAGAAGCCCACCAUAUGUAUCUAUGCCCUCCAACCAGGCUUACCAGGUACAUGUUAUAAUAUUAGGAAGCCCAUCAUGUUUAUCUAACCACAUUCACCACACCAACCAGAUACACAGUUGAAGAUAUGAGUCGGGGUAAGGGUUUUGGUUACCAUAAUUAUGUGUGUGAACAAGGAUUUCUGCUACCAUUAUUAUGUGAGAACAAGGAUUUCUGCUACUAUUAUUAUGUGUGUGAACAAGGGUUUCUACUACCAUUAUUAUAUGUGUGAACAAGGGUUUCUGCUACCAUAAUUAUGUGUGUGAACAAGGGUUUCUGCUACCAUUAUUAUGUGUGUGAACAAGGGUUUCUGCUUCCAUUAUUAUGUGUGUGAACAAGGGUUUCUGCUACCAUAAGUAUGUGUGUGAACAAGGGUUUCUGCUACCAUUAUUAUGUGUGUGAACAAGGGUUUCUGCUACCACUAUUAUGUGUGUGAACAAGGAUAUCUGCUACCAUAAUUGUGUGUGAACAAGGAUUUCUGCUUCCAUUAUUAUUUGUGUGAACAAGGGUUUCUGCUACCAUAAUUAUGUGUGUGAACAAGAGCUUCUGCUACCAUAAUUAUGUGUUUGAUUAAGGGUUUCUGCUGCCAUAAUUAUGUUUGUGAACAAGGAUUUCUGCUACCAUAAUUAUGUAUGUGAGCAAUGGCUUCUGCUACCAUAUUUAUUUUACAUAUUAAAGUUUAUAUGGUUUUAAAAAAUUAACAUAUUUGUAUAUACAUGUAGUAUAAUAAAUUAUUUAGAAUGUUCAGUCAUCUUCACAUCAAUUUGAACUAAAUUUGUUGUAAAUUUUCAUCUAGUAGAAUUACUACUGGAUGCCUUGGUCUAUACAUGUAAUCAUUACUGUGUGCUAAUUCUAUGGGUUUGAGAUUUGAAAUAAAGAUUAAUCGGAAGCAGGAGUUAUAAUAAUCGGAAGCAGGAGUUAUAAAAAUGUUAUUAUGUUGUUUUUGUUAUUCGCUUAUAAAGAAAGAAAUCUGAA